GCUCGCCUUAAUCGCCAAUGAUGGUGUUCGACUAGGAGAGGUUUAGCGAGGGACAGCGCCGGAGCAGGCGCCCGGCACAAGGCAGGAACCGUCGGCACAAGACCAGGCGUGCAAACAAGGCUGCAGGCCCGGCUCCUAAGCAAGCAGCGCGCGCGUGAGCCGAAUGCCGUGGCGCUCACUCGGUGCCGGCACGCCUCCGCUGCCUCAACCCGCAACAGAGAAACAAACCACAGCUGCUGCUGCUGCAAGUACUCUACAGCGGCGGCAGCUUCCUCUACUAGUAGUCUAGUAGGACAAGUUCUCUCUAACAAACGGCGCACACUUGUUAUAGGUAGCCCAGCCACAGCCAGCAAGUCUCCCGAGUGACCCCGCUUCGCGUCGUAUAUAACGCGGCUCACUUUAGCGAGUGCUGCCCCGCGCGGGAUUCGUUUGGGCUCGGCGUCGUCGGCGGGUGGCUAUAUGAGCGGGCUCGCCACCAGGAUCGGCACCGUCGUCCGCUCACCCAUGGCGGCCGCGGCGGUGGCUGGAGCCGGCGGGAGCGACGGGCCGCGGAAGCGCCCGCGGCGGCCCGGCGGCGUCGUCAGAAUGGAGGGCGGCGGGGGCAGGGGAGGUGGCUGCUCCUGCAGUUCCAGCAGCGGCAGGGCGCUGGAGCCCGCCGUGGCGGCAAGGCUGGUGGUGAUCGUCGGCGCCACGGGCACGGGCAAGACCAAGCUGUCCAUCGACGCGGCCGCCGCGCUGGGCGGCGAGGUCGUGAACGCCGACAAGAUACAGCUCUACGCGGGCCUCGACGUCACCACCAACAAGGUGCCCCUCGCCGACCGCCGGGGCGUCCCGCACCACCUGCUGGGCGCGGUCCGCGCCGACGCUGGGGAGCUGCCCCCGGCGUCGUACCGCGCGCUCGCCGCGGAGGCCGCGGCGUCCGUCGCGGCGCGCGGGCGGGUGCCCGUGGUGGCCGGCGGGUCCAACUCGCUCAUCCACGCGCUGCUCGCCGACCGCCCCGACGCGGCGCCCGCGGACCCGUUCGCGGCCGACGACGAGGGGUACCGGCCGGCGCUGCGGUUCCCGUGCUGCCUCCUCUGGGUGGACGUGGACGGCCCCGUGCUGGACGACUACCUGGACCGGCGCGUCGACGACAUGGUGCGGGAGGGCAUGGUGGAGGAGCUCCGGGAGUACUUCGCGGCGACGUCCCCCGCGGAGCGCGCCUCCCACGCGCCCGGGCUGGGCCGGGCCAUCGGCGUGCCGGAGCUGGGCGACCACUUCGCGGGCCGCAAGAGCCUCGCCGCGGCGAUUGACGAGAUCAAGGCCAACACGCGGGUGCUGGCGGCGGCGCAGGCGCGCAAGAUCCGGCGCAUGGCGGGCGCCUGGGGCUGGCCCGUGCGGCGCCUGGACGCGACGCCCACGGUCCGCGCGCGCCUGUCCGGCGCCGGCCGCGCCGCCAAGGCCGCCGCCUGGGAGAGCGACGUGCGCGGGCCCGGGCUCGCCGCCAUGCGCCGGUUCCUCGACGCCCCCCGCCACGAGGCGCGGCCGCAGCAGCAGAGGUGGCCGCUGGCGGCGCGGAGGCAAUGCCGUGGCAUGGUGGGGUGACUCCCGGCGCGUGUCAAAAGGCGGGGAGCCGAUCGAGCGCCUCGCCUGUGCACUCCUCCAGGGUUCAAAUUUUUCUUGCGAUCGGCCGCCGAAUUUUGGAGGGGCCCGGCGGCCACCGGUCGGUGGGGCCGCCGUAGCAGCGAGCAAGGCAAAGCAUCACCCCGAAACAGGCCCGGGACGAGGCGGCCGGGCCCUGUGAAUUAGUAUGUGGCACGGCACAGGAUUACAGCAACCCCCCCCCCCCC